CAUUCAGACAGAAUUUAGCUAGCUGGCUAACAGUACACAACUCAAAGAUAAACCCACGUGGAUAACAUCUUGGGCUCGUUGCUAUUAUAGUUCGUUUCUAAGGAUCGUCGUUCAUAUAAAUUCCACAAUGUCCUCCGGGCACCAGAAAGCAACCAUGAAGCGAAAGCAACAUCAAGAAGUGGCUGUCACUGUGUCUAGCUUGGAUAACAAGUCAAAAAAGACCAAAAGUCUGUCAAAGAAAUCCCCUGACAGUAGUGAUGAAGACUCCGAGCUGGAACAAAACUUUGCCUUAUUCAGUAAAAGGAGCUCCUCAGGUAUCAGCGAGGAAGACCAGGAAGAGUCUGGACGAGAGGAAGAGGAGGACAGUUUGAGUGGGGGAGAAUCUCUUGAGGAUGACAGUGACGAAGAGGAGGCUAAUGAUGAAGAUGAUGCAGAGGUUGAAAAUGUAGAGAGUGAUGGUGCUGCUGGUACUGGUGAUGAUGAUGAUGAAGACCAGACAGGUUUGGGUAGUGACACUGAGGACUCCGAGGAUGUCGAAGAUGACACAGAACAACCGGAAACUGUAAACAGUGGUGAAAUACAAACAAAAGACGACAUUAAAAAAGAACUUUCAACAAUGUCUUUUGAGGACAUUCUGGAGCUUCAAAACAAGGUGGGGACAAAGGUCUAUAAUGAAAUAGCCUACGGCACAACCAAGGCAAAACAAACACUCACGAAGAAACGCCUCAACAAGAAUAGGCCCAUGGAGAUAUCAGCCAAGAGGCCCGCCCCUUUUCUCAGACAAGUAGUUCCUGUCAAGAAAACAGUAUCAAGAGACCCUCGAUUUGACGAUCUGUCUGGUGAAUACAAACCGGAGAUCUUUGAGAAAACCUACAGAUUCAUCAACGACAUCAAACAGCGCGAGAGAGAUGUAGUGCAGAAGAAGCUCAAGAAACCAUUAAAGAGCAACCAGAAGAAGGAGAAACUUCAGUUCCUGUUGAAAAGAAUGGAGAACCAGGAGCGGGCCCGGAAGAGCCGGGAACAGCAGCGUGAGAAGGAGCUAGAGUUCAAGAGGAAACAGAGAGAGAUGGCGGGCCAGGGACUGAAGCCUUUCUUCCUCAAGAAAUCCGACAAGAAGAAGCUGGAGCUGGCAGAGAAGUACAGCGAACUGAAGAAGAGCGGCAAGCUGGAAAACUUCCUCAGCAAGAAGAGGAAGAGAAAUGCUGGCAAAGACCGUAGGAAGCUGCCUUUCCAGCAGAAGUGACCGUCCUGAUUGGGACAUUUGUCCUGAUGAUGAUGGGACAUUUUGGCCGCAGAAACUGGCCCAGGAAAAGUAUUGCAGUUUUAUUUGUCCUGAUGAUGAUGAUGGGACAUUUUGGCCUCAGAAGCUGUCCCAGGAACAGUUUACACAGCUUAGUUUUUUUACUAAGGGGCAAUCAACCAAGGGCCACUCUUCUAACUUGAGAUGCAUGUGAGUAACUUGAACUUUGGUCUGAAAUCCCAUUAACAAUGUAUGAUUUAUGUGAGAGUCCAAGAUGUUUGCGUGCAUCUCAAGUUUGGACUGAGCCAAUAAGGUUAGGAGAGGGCUGAAAGAGACUGAAGCCAAGCAAAUGCGGACCUAUCAUGGCCAUGGAGGUGUCACAGGGGAGGACUUAAUCACAACUACGGUAUAUAAUCUAGUACUUCAUAUCGUCUUCCCGGUGAGGAAUUGCUGAAAGCACACUGUUGAUUUUGUAUGUUUUUAUGAGGACUAACAAUGCAAUUGCAUAUGGUUUGUAUGUAUCAUGUUAUUUAAUUGGAACAUGCAGAAGGGUCAUUUUUGUAUUAAAUAUACGUAAUUGAAAGUA